GUUACAUUUUCAGUAGUAUUCACUGGAUAGCAACAGCGAACACGACAUCUUUUCAUUGCCACCUUUGGAGUUUUAGUAAGGAGUUGGAAAUAUGGAAAAAAAUCCAAUUUUGCUUUACACUUGUGUCGACAGCCCUCCUGGCCGUGCGGUGCAAAUGGUGUUGGAGUUUCUAAAAAUUCCUUACAUCGUGAAACCCGUUUGUUUCGAAGCAGGAGAACAUUUCUCUCCAAAGUUUUUAGAGAUGUAUCCACAAGGAGAAAUUCCUGUUAUCGACGACAAUGGAUUUAUCCUUGGAGAAAGUGUCGCCAUUGUCCAAUACCUCGCUGACAAGUAUUGUAAGGAUGACACCUUUUACCCUAAAGAUGCAAAAGCCAGAGCUGUCGUAAAUCACCGGCUGGCAUUUCAUCUGUCCACGUAUCAAAAAAGAGUCUAUGAUUACAUAAUUCUUCCCUUUGAUUAUCUCUACGAGCAAACUGAGGACAAUCUCGUAAAGUUAAAACAUGCCGUGAAAAUUUUGGACCAAUUUCUUAGCCGACAAGGAACACCAUUUGUUGCAGGAGAGCAUUUAACCAUUGCUGAUCCUCCCUUGAUUAUGGCCACCGUGGUGCUUGAUGUGAUGAAGUUUGACUUUAGCCCGUAUCCGGAAGUUGCCAAAUGGUACCAACAUUUCCAAACGGCAGCUCCUCAACUUUGGCAAUUUGCUAGCGAAUGCAUUGAUGGGAUUCAUCAUUACGUUAAAAAUCCGAGGGACAUGUCGCAAUUGAAGCAUCCGUUACACCCCACGAAACCUGCUGCCUAAAUUGAUGUGGAAUAAAACUAUGCAUAAUUAAUAAUUAAAAUGUUUAGAAAUUCCAUACUGUGUUUCCGUAUUGUUUGCAAUAUUGAUAUAUUUAUUUGAUUGGAAAAGUUUAGUGGAAAAUAUUGAAAUUUAAUAAUUGUAUGAAAAUACCGCAAAAAUGAAGAACUUUAUCAAAUUUUCGAAUCUACAAACAAUGAUACGAUUUUUUAUUUGUAUGACUUCCAUCAGCUUCAUAAAUAUAGCAACAGACUAUUUUAUUUAGUUACACACACAUGUACACUUUUUUAAGCUGCACUGGGAUACUUAAUUGUACGAGAAAGUGUACAUAAUUAUUUAAAAUUUUAGCAUAUAAAACUUGGUACACAUAUAUUAAAGUAAAAUCUAAAUAGACUUUGGACGGCAUGUCAAAGUUUUGCAAAGAAUGUCAACCAUUAGAAAUUCCAAAUUACUUACCAAAUAAAACUGCCUUUUACAUUA